AAAACUUCUAGAGAUGAAACAGAUAUAACAGGGGAAGGGGAAGGUCUCAUUUUAUUUGAUAUACAAGGUGACAUUAAAACUAUUGGAGAGCCGAAAGGUUCAAAAAUUGGAACAUUGACAUUUGAUAAUGGUGUCCCAAUUCUUCAAGUUGGUCAUUGGUACAUCAUGGGAAAAAUUGCAGAAUUAGAAAAACCUAUAAUGGUUAUUAAAAAACGUGAAAAGGAUUCUUCCAUUUACAUGUCCGAUUCACCGGGAAGGAGAGGAGAAUCACUAAUUGCAGAAAGACUAGAAGAUCUGAACAUUGUGGAUUCUCACGAAAAUAUUGAGUAUGAUAUAGUUCAGAUUUUUAAAAAAGCCUACAUGUUUACAGCUAGGCCUAUACCUAUGAUGAUGGAUAAUGUUUCGAACUAA